AUGGAGUCGGUUAAUCGGCUGAGCUCCUGCAAGUUCGAACCCCUUGAAGAGGUUCCUCUCCCAGAAAAAGCCCUUCUUUGGACGACGAAUCAUUACUAUGACGGAUCAGGCUGGGUGGGGCUUGUUGACCGUGAAAAGCUGUCUCUGAAGCCCACUCUGUUCACCGACAACCGCCUGUUAUUUCUCGAGCCUGUAGAAGGCGUCUGUGAAGCCUUUAAAGGCGUUCAGUCUGGCAAGUACGAUGUUAAGUGCUGGAGCAAGCUGGACUGUCACCUGGGGAUAGAGGGAGACACCAGCGUGUUCCUGCAGACACCGAUUUUGAAGGAAGUUGCGGUGUAUUCUCACCCCGAGCGGUUGCCGGCGUUCCCCAAGACGUGGAAGCCUCUUUUGUUUACGGUCAAUAGUUCCAUGAUUACCUUUAGACUGACCGAUCGGCUCUGUCUGGUGGUAACAAUUGAUGCCAGUCGGACUAUACGGGUGCAGUGCGUGGACUACAAUGGGGGUUUUGCCGUGUCACAUCCUGCAUCCGACAUGGCGUUGGCUUACGGGGCCUUGGCAGUUAAAGGAUUCGAGGCUCUACCAAACUGCGAAAUCAUUCCACACAUCAAUUGUGCCUCAGGAGAAUGGGGUUUUUACGUACAGCUGUUCAAGUGGGGCACUUUUGUUAUCCCCAAGUCCCUAGACCUCGCGAGGCCCACCUCCAUCCUGGGCAUGGGCUUGGGGAAAAAAGUCGACUGCUUAGGGGUUUUGCUGCAUCCACCAAAUCUUAUCGUGAUGGUUCAUUUGGAAACACCAAAAGUGCAACGCGCGCUUGAAUACGGGAAGGACUACAUGCUGACGGCAAUCAAGAGCAGCGAGACUGAUAUUGAUAUUCACCUCGUGAUCGACGGCCAACUCAUUGUGUUCAACUACUCCUUUGAUAUUCGCUUAAACAAAGUUGGAAAACCCAAACAUACUGACAACGCAGCAUUCAAAGCCUCCCUCGAACUAGAUGAUAAGAAAAAGUGUACCAGGUUCGCCUUCCAAAGCACAAAGAAUACAAACGUCCUAGUCGCUCAGGGAUGCCCAUCUGGGCAGGGGGAUCAUCUCGUCAGCAAGGACCUCAUCGCUGUUUUUGAUGCAGAAAUCAGCAUGUACUUAACACACCCACCUGCGUUAAAGCUGUGCAAUGCCUUCUCAAAGGUUGCACUCCCCGUAGACUAA